AUGUUUCAAAAACAUUUUCAUUGGUUCGAUGAUACUGAAUUACACGAUCAACAGAACAGUAUUUAUACAAAAAUAAAAAACUAUUCUAAAAAGCUUGUUAACACACAUCAAGAAAACAUUCAAUAUGUUGAGUCAAAUAUCUAUUUUAAUCAACAAUUUACUGAAAAACGUCAACCAAGACUAUUAGUUCAAUGUCAACGAUUUUGUUUACAAUCGAUCUCAGCAUCGACAAACGAUAGAUUCAAAGACUAUUUGAUUGAACGUGAAGAUAAAAUACGAGAUUUUUUAUAUCAUAUUAAUACAAAAUUAAAUGUUCAUAAUUUAACAUUAGAUAAUUUUAAACUAGUAAGAGAAUUAGGUCGCGGUGGAUAUGGAAGCGUGUUGCUAGCCUUUUAUCCAGAUACAAAUGAAUUCCAUGCAUUAAAAGCUGUUAAAAAAUCGUCAUUAGUUGAGACAGACGAACAACGUACGAUCAUUCAUGAGCGACAAUAUGCAUUUGCCUUAAGGCAUCCGAAUAUUGUUGAAUUAAUCACAAGUUUUAAAGAUAAUGAAUAUGUCUAUUUGGUGCUAGAGUGGUUACCCGGCGGCGAUCUCUAUUCACUGAUGACUUCACAGAAACUAACGGAAUUACAAGCACUGUUCUAUGUUGGACAAUUGGUUAUGGCUCUCGAUUAUUUACAUCAGUGUAAGGUAGUAUUUCGUGAUCUGAAACCAGAGAAUAUUGUAUUGACAAAACGAGGUUAUUGUAAAUUGGUUGAUCUUGGAUUAGCGAAAAUAAUACGAGGUUAUUCUGAAACAUUUUGUGGUACACCUCAUUACAUUGCACCAGAAGUUAUUCUUCAUAAACCGUACACUUCAUCUCCAGAUUGGUGGGCUUUAGGUGUUAUUUUACACGAGAUGGUAACCGGUGAGGCGCCGUAUGAUCGUUCUUAUCAUGAAAAUACAACAAGCUAUGUAUCACAGGAUGAAGAUGAUGAGAACCAUGAGAAUAGUUCAAAGGAUGCAAAAGAUGUAAAUAAAUUGGAUCAGGAAACAAGCCAUGCAUAUUUUGGUCGAUCGAAAUCAACAAACGAACCAUCGUCCGAAGAUAACAUUCGACAAUCGUAUUUGCGUAUUAUCAAUGGAUGUGCGAAAUUCAAUUUUAAAAAUGUUUCAAAUAAUUGUGCUGAUUUGAUCAAAAAUCUAUUAAAAUUUAAUGUCAAUCAACGUUUAGGAUGUGGUGAGAAAGGUGCAUUAGAUGUAAUGGAACAUGUUUGGUUUGAACAUCUUGACUUUUGGAAAUUGUAUAAUCAAGACAUACAACAAAUCCAUGCUAGACCAUCUUAUGAAUUCAAUGAUCUCGAAGAUACUAUUGAUGAUUCAGAGUCAACAACAAGUGAAUUAACCAAACGAGCUCAACGGUUACCAUGGUUAUUAAAGCGACGUGUGUGUGACUACCGUCUUCAAAUGAGACCAUUGCCAUUAGAUGCAUCAGAAUUAUGUUCUUAUGGUGGAACGGGAUUUGAAUACUCGAUACCAAAACAUGGUUAA